AUGGACAGGCGCCGUCGUGAUGAUUCGCCUUCCGGUCUAUCAGAUAUUGUCGAACAGGAUGGUCUUCUAGGAACCGGCAUCACGACUCGUCAUAUUGAGGCCUUUGGACGGAAAGUCACAUCGACUGCUGGGCAUUUGAUGGGACCGACUUCCGAAUCUUCCAACGGCGGCCACUACCACAACGCCAUGGUUGACAUCCAGCGCGAGCUGCGGCGCCCUGCUGCUCAGCGCAAUGUGUUCUCCCUGACCCAAACCACACCUACCGAUUUGGUCCGCUCUAAACUGUCUACAUCCGAGAUCCAAUCGCGAGCCAUCUCCUCCCUUCCUGAUGAGCUUCUCAUGAACAUACCUGAGGACAGCAGCUCCUACUCGCUCUUCCAAGGGUUUCAAGCCUCCCAAGAUGAUAUUGAAUAUCGAAAGGCCCACCGCCGGCGCUCGUCCAAGAGCAAGAAGCUAUUGAAGGAUGGGGAGAAGGAUGGGGAGACGCAUGCCGCUUUACCUUCCGCGCCCACCGACUUGAGAAAGGAACGAGAUCUACUCAGCCGCAGGAUGGACCUGAUGGGUGUUCGCAAGAAUAUGUGCAGCUCGGAGAUACAUGAGAUAGACAAUAAGAUCGCAAACUUGCACAACAUGCGCAAGAUUGUUCUAGACCGGUUAGCCAGCCUAGAGAUGGAGGAAGCCGAACUGGAGCAUGAAUUGACGGAGGUUGAUAAUAAGUUGGAAGAUAUUGAACAAGACGAAGCAGCUCAAGCGCAGGCUCAGGCCCCGGCAACCCCAAAGUCAUCAGCAGCAAACGAUGACUCGACCAUUUCGGAAGACCCGGCAAUGGAUGCAUCCUUCAUGUCUGAGUCUAUAUACCAAAAGAUUCCUUCUCCUAAGAGCGUCAAGCAGAAAUCAAUAAGGAAACGCUCGAUGCCAAUUUUACAUGAACAUUUCAGCCCGGGUUCGGAGAUUAAAGAGAUGACGGCUCAUUCCGACAUGGUCACUGCGAUUGAUUUCGACUAUCCAUUUGGUACUAUGAUCACCGCGGCGCUGGAUGACACCGUGCGGGUUUGGGAUCUUAAUGUUGGCCGUUGCAUUGGAUUCCUGGAAGGGCAUAAUGCUUCGGUGCGCUGUCUUCAGAUUGAGGACAACAUUGUUGCCACGGGCUCGAUGGAUGCAUCUGUCAAAUUAUGGGAUUUGAGUCGCGCCCGAACGAUGACCACUCGCGACAAUCGCAUCACCCGCCGCGAUGAUGGAGACGAAGAAACCGUUCCAGCCGACGACGCUUCCGUGGCAUCCCAUUCCACCACGCUGGAGGACUGCUUCGUCUACUCAUUAGACGCUCAUGUCGACGAAAUUACCGCGCUUCACUUCAAGGGCGACACGCUGAUUUCCGGGUCAGCCGACAAGACACUGCGACAGUGGGAUCUGGUCAAAGGGCGUUGUGUGCAAACGCUCGAUGUAUUGUGGGCGGCCGCGCAGGCGUCGUCGCUGGGAGGAGAUUCGCAAUGGCGCCCCUCAGGACGCCUGCCGGACGCAUCGGCAGACUUUGUCGGGGCUGUCCAGUGCUUCGAUGCCGCUUUAGCCUGCGGUACGGCAGACGGUAUGGUCCGUCUUUGGGAUCUGCGCAGUGGACAGGUUCAUCGUAGCCUGGUGGGCCACACUGGCCCUGUUACAUGCCUACAAUUCGACGAUGUGCAUCUGGUCACUGGAAGUCAAGACCGCAGUAUCAGGAUAUGGGAUCUCCGAAUGGGAUCGAUCUAUGAUGCCUACGCCUAUGACAAGUCCAUUACCAGCAUGAUGUUCGAUACCAAGCGGAUUGUUGCGGCUGCAGGAGAGAACGUUGUGAAGGUCUACGACAAAGCCGAUGGCCACCACUGGGAUUGCGGCGCCGGAGUCGGCGCUGAUGAACAGGGCCCAUCGCCUGCAACAGUCGAGCGAGUGCGACUGAAGGAUGGCUUCCUAGUUGAAGGCCGCAAAGACGGUAUCGUUGCGGCGUGGACAUGCUGA